AUGAUUGUUUUGGCGCAUUCUCAUCAACCAUGGAGUUCGAUUUCACCCACCAUCCAUCUCCUCGGAAGCUGCAGAAAUUCAGAUGACGUGAACAAAAUCCACGCGCGUUUGAUUACAACGGGAUUCAUCAAAAGCCCCAAUCUCACUACGAGGAUCGUUCUCGCUUUCGCCGCUUCACCACGACCGUAUCUCGCGGAAUUCGCGCGUUUUGUCUUCUACCAGUAUCACGUAAGCUCCGUUUCUCCAGGAGAGGUUAAAGAUCCGUUUUUGUGGAAUGCGGUGAUGAAAUCUCACUCUCACGGAGUUGAUCCGAGACAAGCUCUCCUCUUGUUCUGCUCCAUGCUGGAGAAUGGCGUUUCAGUUGACAGAUUCUCGCUCUCUCUCGUUCUGAAAGCGUGUUCGAGGCUAGUUUUUCUAAAAGGAGGAAUGCAGAUUCAUGGUUUUUUGAGAAAAUCUGGGAUUUGGUCAGAUUUGUUUCUACAGAAUUGCUUGAUUGGAUUGUAUUUAAAAUGCGGCUGUCUUGGAUUUUCCCGCCAGAUAUUCGAUAGAAUGCCGCAGAGAGACUCAGUUUCCUACAACUCGAUGAUCGACGGGUACGUCAAAUGCGGAUCGAUCGAAUCAGCUCGUGAAUUGUUUGAUUCGAUGCCAAGGGAGAAGAAGAAUCUGAUAACUUGGAACUCAAUGCUAAGUGGGUAUGCUCAGAGAGAAGACGGAGUGAACAUUGCGUCGAAGAUGUUCGAUGAAAUGCCAGAGAAGGACUUGAUUUCGUGGAACUCGUUGAUCGAUGGAUAUGUGAAACACGGAAGAAUCGAGGAAGCUAAAGAUUUGUUCGAUAAGAUGCUGAGUAAGGACGUGGUUACUUGGGCUACCAUGAUUGAUGGUUACGCAAAGUCAGGUUUUGUUCAUCAGGCCAAGACUCUGUUCGACCAAAUGCCUCAGAGAGACGUUGUGGCGUAUAACUCCAUGAUGGCUGGUUAUGUUCAGAACAAAUAUCACAUGGAAGCACUUGAAAUAUUCAACGCCAUGGCAAAGGAGUCUCAUUUAUCACCUGAUGAGACGACGUUGGUGAUAGUUCUCUCUGCAAUUGCUCAGCUUGGGAGGUUAACCAAAGCCAUGGAAAUGCAUAUGUACAUUGUUGAGAAGAAACAGUUCGUUUUAGAUGGGAAGCUCGGCGUUGCUCUCAUUGACAUGUAUUCGAAAUGCGGAAGCGUACAACAGGCUAUGAAGGUUUUCGAGGGGAUCGGAAACAAAAGUAUUGAUCACUGGAACGCAAUGAUUGGUGGGUUAGCUGUUCAUGGACUUGGAGAAUCUGCGUUCGACAUGCUUCUGCAGAUCGAGAGACGCUCGAUCAAACCUGACCAUAUCACUUUCGUUGGAGUGUUAAACGCUUGCAGUCACUCUGGUUUGGUGAAGGAAGGGCUUCUCUGCUUUGAGCUCAUGAGGAAGAAACACAAGAUAGAGCCAAGACUGCAACACUAUGGAUGCAUGGUCGACAUACUGUCAAGGUCAGGAAGUAUAGAGCUGGCUAAAAAGUUGAUUGAGGAAAUGCCUAUUGAACCGAAUGAUGUCAUAUGGAGAACGUUCCUCGCCGCUUGUAGUCACCACAAGGAGUUUGAAGCAGGAGAGCUUGUCGCUAAACACCUCAGUCGAUACAACCCUAGCUCUUAUGUGCUUCUCUCUAACAUGUAUGCUAGCUUUGGAAUGUGGAAGGAUGUUCGUAGAGUUAGAACGGCGAUGAAGGAGAGAAAGUUGCAGAAACUUCCUGGUUGUAGUUGGAUCGAGCUCGAUGGAAGAGUGCAUGAGUUCUUUGUAGAUACCAUGGAAGCUUCCAAUACAUUGUAG